ACCACUUCCACUGCAGGAGUCCUGCAGCAAGACAGAGACUGAGGAUUACCAGUAUUCAUAGGAGACACUGCUUAGAAAAAUCAAUAACCCACCGGGGAGCGAGUCUCUGAUCUGCAUCAAGAUAAGUCAGCUAACUUUUAUGUUUUCUGCAGCUCACUCCAAGAUGGCAGUGAAAAUAUAACUGACAUGCUUUAGGGUUGUAAGGUUUGCUGUGAGUAACAAUUAAAUUGUCUUUAUUCAGGGUGACAAUGAGAAAUCUGGAAUGUGCCAUGCGAGUUGCUCAGAAUGUGACGUACUUCUAAAUAUACAGCAAGGAAAACAGAGAUGAGCUUCUUUACAGUAACUAGAAUUCAGAGAGGGUGUGGGUGUCUCACACUUACAACUCAGACGCAGGUCCAAAGCAGUCACACUUUCAGGUUUAGAAAACACUUAUGUUUACAUGCAGGACAAUAUCAAAAAAGUACAAAAUAAGUUUUCAGCGAGGGUCUUCGACUAAAGCUUAUUGGACUGCCUUUCAUUAAACACACAAAGGGUUUUAGAAGCAAAUAAAACCACUGAGGUAUGACACAGAGAUAGAAAAAAACCCAUUAUACAACAAAAAAAGGGUUGCAUAUCUUUAGGACAAAAAGGAAAUGACAAAAAACACAGCAUCAACACUUUAGAGAAAUAAAUCUGCAAAUAAUGAGACACUGAUUCAGAUACAGAAUCAAAAACCAAGAAACAUUUUUGUUUUCAUAUUUUGUUACUUUCAAUAAAUUAGUCAUUUUCCUGCUGAUCUCUGCACAUUUCACCCGCAAGAGCUAGCAAAUAAAGUAAAGUACAGGGACAGCAGUCUCUUUUUCCCUAUCAGUGAUUCGAAGAUCGUCGGGGAAAACCCAGAUUUAAAAUAUUGUGCCUACUAAACAGUUUUGCAAAAUGCUCACUUGAUUUGGUCAUGAUUUGGUGGUUACUUUCCUUUCCAUCAGCACACUAGUCACACUAGUGUUUCUCACUUUGCUUCCUCAUUUCCAACCCAGCUUUUGUUAGCGAAACAACGAUUUGCAGUUUGUGAAAUGGUGCUGUUGUUUAUUUAAGGUUAUUAAACAUGAAACCCAAUAUGUCAGGGAAUAUGCUCUGAAUUAUAAAAGGCUGCAUUGAGUCAACAUUUACAGAACCACCGCCAUAUUUUGCCCAUUCCUCUUUGAAAGACAGCUAAAGGUCAGUCAUAUUGCAUGCAACCCUAACCCUGCAAUUCAGUAGUGUCUAACAGGGCAACACAGAUUCCCAUACACAUACUCCCUCCUAAGAACAAUUCAGAGAAGCCAGUUAACCUAACAUUCAUAUUUUCUUUUAUUUGACUGUUAGAGGAAGCUACGAUACCCUGGAGAGCCCACAAAUGUACGGGCAAAACAUGCAGAACGGCUGAGAGGCGAGAGUCAAACAAGGAAUGAUAUUGCUGCAAAGGCAACGGCGUCAAGUGCCCAGCUUUUAUUUCCUCACCAAUAAAUCCAAAUAAACUACAUAAAAGUUUAGAAAUGAGCCAAACGUGAACACAUUUUUUUUAGUGAGAAUAAUAAUUGUAUCAAGACAAAAUGGAACAGAGUUUCCAACUCUAUGCAUGCAUAAAAUACUUAAAUUAAUUAUGUGGCUACUGAGGGUAAUUUGUAGCUUCACGUGUUAGAUAAAGGUUUUAUUGCGAAGAGAAGAGCAGAUAGGCAGGUUGUAAAUACUUGGAUCUAUUCAUUUUUUUAUAAUGUUUCAGUGAACACGCCAGUGAACGUUGUGCUCUUCAAAAGAGCCUCCUAGGUUUAAGUUUACACUUUCAGAGGCAUCACAAUGGUUGCGAAGUAAUGAUGUGAAGCCAAAUACCUGCAGCUGGUGAAUGAGUCCCUUCAUCCCCUUUUUAUCAGAUAGUGCCUGUUUCAGAUCAGAUCAUCCAGUGGCUCAACUGAAUGAAAGGCCUGUGUCCAGCGGCCCCCACUCCAGCAGAAUCAUAAUGAAUGGCCCUGCUUUCACUUUUUUUUCCCCGCUCCUUUGCUGGAAAAUGCCAUUGUUAAGCCCUUCUUCAUGAGAGGACACGUGCUGCAGCUUGAGUGUGGAGUUCAAUGUCUGUUUAGCUCCCUUUGGACAGCAGUGACUGAACCAUCGGAGGCAAUAAUCAGGCCAUUUAUGGGCCACAUUAGUCAGUUUAUGAACAUGACUUAUAAAUCUUAAGACUUUAAGGAAAUCACAUUGUUGUACAAAGGUAAAACUUUAAUUUCAAACAAGUUCAAGAUAAGUACGUUAUUCCCUCUGUGUUUUGUGGAGCUUUAUUUUUCAAAUUUGAACAGUUUUAUGCACUUUUUUUUUAACCUACGCUGACAUGACCUUAAUACAUAAUUUAACUAUUCAUCUUGUAUUUGCAUAAACUAAGAGGUUUUGGAGCUUUGCUGGGGUGUGUUAGGGUCAUUGUGGCCCUCCCCUCCCUGUGGUGUGUGUAAAUGAGUUUUGAUGUGACAAGGGAGAAAAAGGAGUGGAGGAGAGGGAGGAGAAAGAGGGAGGGAGCGUAGCGUAGCGGUGGGAGGAGAAGUGAAGGAGCAAGCACUUCUCCACUCACUGGGAAUAUAGAGCAUACAGAGAAGAUGGAUCCAGAAGAGAGAGGUCACUGUCAGAUAAGCUGAGUUGGCUGUGCUUUAUCAGCUACAGGCUGCUCCCGGCUGAUCUCUGGACUCUCAGAUUGAGCAACUCACCAGGAGACUGGCAACUGAAUAAUGAUAAAAAAAAGAAAAAACAGCAGCUUAAUAAUGCAGGAAUAACUAACAGGAACACGCAUGUGGGUUUUGGAAAUGCAUUGACUGAGAAAUGUUUUCUUUUGAAGUUUUGAGGAAGAGCAUGAUAGGUUUCAGAGGACAAGGUGGGAGUCGGAGGACGGGGUCCGGUGACAGCCAGUGAAAGGGCCCAAGCCCUCAUGUGAAACACAGAGGAAUUAAAAGGUAAAGGGCAGAGAAAGAGCAACUGAGGCAGACUGGCGGGCUGCAGACGGAACGUCAGGAUGGGUGUGAAGCGCAAGGCGGCCGCUGCUAUCUUGGUCCUGCUGCUGUGUCUCGGAUCACUGUGGCUCCAGGGAGGUUUGGACUAUCACUGGGAUUCCUGUUUAAAAGCUUACAAUCAGGUUAAUAAGCCCCCUCUGCAGAAUCAGCCUCACCAGCUGUCCAACAGCAGCGAGGCAGACGAGACGCAGGGCCCGCCUGUCCUCGCUCUGUGUCCCGGCCAGCACUUCCAGGUGUCAGUGUUGGUCUCCCACCUGCUGGCUGCUCAGGCGUACACCUCGGAUGUGCUGCUGCAGCCGUAUCUGUCCAGCUGGGACGAGCUUGUAAAGUUCAUGGAGUCUCUGGGCCCGAUGGUUAGUUUAAUAUCAAAUGAGAUAGAGACUAAGACUGCUAUAAUCCGCCAACUGGCCCUGCUUUCUGAGAAGAGCCCAGAAGCAGAGUUUGUCCCAGACAUGCACUCAGGAGACUCACAAACUGGGGUGAAAAAGUUUGCUGGGGAUCCGCAGGGGGCCUACCACUCCGUGCGCUCGAUGAUUUGGACUGAGCUGAAUCGAGGCAUAGUCGAUUUCCACCACCAGACAGACUCAGGAUGCCGGACCCUUCUGCGACUCCAUCGAGCUCUGCUCUGGUUGAAACUCUUCCUGGAGAAGCUGGCAGAGACGCCGACGGCCGGACGCCUCAGGAGUCCCUCGGACCUGUGUCGGGAGGCGUACCAGAACACCCUCUCUCACCACCACACUUGGUUUGUCCGGCGGGCGGCUGAGUUGGCCUUCAUCGCCCUGCCGGAGCGAGGAUUUUUCUUCAGGCUGGUGUGUGUGCAGAACCAGGAGGAGCUGAGCGUGGUGUUAACCAGAGUAGUUGAUGCCAUUGGAGAAAUCUAUGACAGGACACAGAAAGCACUGGAGGAAAACGCCAUGCUGGACUUACCUUGACAAUGUGAAUCAUCUUUUUGUCUUUGGAAUCACCAUUAAACUUUCAGUUUCAAUCAAGAAAGAAGUAAACCUUUCGAAACCAGCUGAGCAGACUAUUACAGAAGUCAAGAAAUAAACAGUCUGAGCUUAUAAUCGAAUUACCUUAGAGAUAAUUCGAUGAAAUAGAUGACAUACGGAGGCACCGACUCAUUUAAUCGGGUGAAAACAUCAUUAUAAAAACAUCUGCGUAACACAUUUCCCAAAGGAAGCAGUGCUUUGUGAUUGAAUCAGAUUAAUUGUUCUUGUUUUUGUAUAUUCCUCUGCCUGUUGUGGCAUUUUUCUAUGGAUUAGAUAAUAACUGCCUGAUUAAGUGUGAAGAAUUUCAUGCUCAUUGAUUUCGUAUGCUGAUGCCAACAAAUUGCUGCAGCAGCAGUCUCUCAUGAUGAGAUGUCUCCUGUGAAACAGUAUGUGCAGAACGGGGGAUGACAUGCUGCAUUUUACAGUAAUAAGAACAUGUUCUGUAAUAUUGUAAUAUUUAGAAAAAAAAUAAGAUUUAGUUAGACAAGAAAAAAAGUACUUUGCAGUUUUCUUAAAAAUAUGCUGCAGACAAAAUAUGUACAUAUUAAUCCAGGUCUGGAUGAGUCUGAAAAAAAAUGUGUUUCUUCAUUCAUUCCUUUCUUCAUUCUGUAUGUUUUUUCCCCCUUUCAGGUUAGAAAAGGUUGCAAUGUGUUAAAUGUAGGAACAUUAUCAUCAGAGUCUGGAAAAGUAUGAAAUCUUUACCUCGACAUGCUGAUUGUAAUGUGAUAAUUCAUCCAGCAGAGGCUCCAGUACUCUAAUCUGGAGUAAUCUUUCUAUUCCAACAGCUUCCUGGCUUAAAUCCACUGACAGGCCAGAGAAACAAAAAAGCAAUAAAUAUAUAGGCUUUAUGCAUUCAGCUUUCUUAAUGAAAAUGUCUUGCAACUAACAUUCACUGGUUUACAUCCCACUAUUUUAAAACCCUACAAUGCUUCAUAAUCCUGGCCACCUGCCUUUCCUUGCAUUAAUCUCUUUCUAAGGAGGAGAGAAAAGAAAGGAGGGAUAAAUAUACAGCUUGAAACCCUGGCAGAGAGCUGCAGCCAUUCUUUAUAACAGCUUUUACAUAAAAAAUGUGGAAAAAGCUGUUUUAUUAUGAUUCUAUGUCAGAUUAAACAUCUAAGUUUAAGCAGUUUUCUGUUAAAAACUCCAGCCAAAGAGUGAAUUUGGACUUUCACUGUAAUAACUAGUUUAUUAUGGUUUAAAAAGUUUAUCCCUGCCAGUUCCACUCAUUCUAUUUCAUAGCAUCUAAAGGUGGAAACAAAACUCCUAGUAUUUAAGAUUAUCUCCAAAUUUCAGGAGAUGGUUUUGAAUUUUUCAAAGUGAGGUUCUGUUAAAAUAUUACAGGCAGUCCAUAUCUAAUCUGCAGUAUAUUGUCCUCUUGGUGUCUUCAGCUUAGCAUAGAUCCAGAUUGGUUGGAGUAACAAGCGGAAGCUAAAGGCUCGCUAGUCCAAGAGCAGCCAAGACCAAAGCAAACGCCUAACUUCUUAAAACAACUGUAAUCUUAGAAAUGUCCCAGUUUUUUGUUUAAUGCAGUUUUAUAAACCUUUAAACUGUUUCUAUGUUUGAAUUGGAUAGUUAUUUACAGAAAAUCUGAUGUUUCUAGAAAAGGAGGUAAGAGUCGGCGCAUCACUAAUAAUCUUCCUGCAGGAAACAAACAUAUUGAGACAGAUACAAAGUGAUUAAAUGAAGUUAAAACAUGAAUCACCUUUGACAAUUUGACUGUCAUAUAAAAAAUAGUGAACUACUGCUUUAAGACAACUCUGAUCUAAAAAUUGACAGCAGUUUAUGCAAACACUUUUUGAAACUUUAUACUUGUUACAUUUGUGUGGGUUUGCUAUGGACCACUGAGAUUAUUUUGAGUGAGAUUACAGAAUAUAUUUACAAAAAGACA